AUGACAGCUCUCGGCACUCCGACGGAGAAUACGCCAACGAAGCCGGCGGAUGCUACAGGCGAGAACACCAAACACGAUGAAAAGGAUUACGAGGCAAGCAAAGAAGACUCAGCAGAGUCAGAAUCAGAGGAUGAGAUAGGCCCUCUGCAAAAGAUCCUCGACAAACGCCAAGUAUUUAUUUUGUUCACAGUACUCUGGAUAUUCAACUUCGCUUUGGCAUUUUCGUCUGGCAUCUUCAAGGUUCUGACUCCUUAUGUCACAAGCGAUUUCAGCAAACAUGCCCUCACGGCAACGACAUCAGUAGUGGCGAACAUCACCAGCGGCAUUGUCAAGCUGCCGUACGCUAAGCUUCUGGAUGUCUGGGGAAGACCCCACUGUAUGGCAGCCAUGGUUGUCUUCACAACAGUCAGCUCGGCCAUGAUGGCCGCUUGCCAGAACGUCGAAACUUACUGUGCGGCUCAAGUCCUCUACUACAUCGGCUUUUUCGGUAUCCAGUUCAGCUUCAUCAUCCUCAUUGCCGACGCAAUCGCUCUCCGUUACCGAGCUCUUGUCAUGGGAUUCAUUGCCACUCCAACGAUUCUGGCGAUUUGGGCUUGUGGUCCAGCAGCGGAAAGUGUUCUGUCCAACAUCGGUUUCAGAUGGGGCUUUGGGAUAUGGGCCAUUCUUGUUCCUAUCUUCUCCGUUCCUCUGUUAUUUCUGAUGUUCAAGUAUGAUAAACAGGCUCGGGAGGCCGGUUUCAUCCCACCGCGCAGCAACAACCGGACGAUUCGAGAUGGAGUCAUGCACUAUUGCAAAGAAUUCGACGUAAUCGGACUUCUGCUGCUCGCCUCCGGUCUAUGCUUCUUGCUAUUGUCGAUUAGCAUAUACUCCUACCAGUCUGAGGGCUGGAAGUCUCCGAUGAUCAUCAGCUUCAUUGUAGUCGGCGGCCUUCUACUUAUCACGUUCCUUCUAUACGAGAAGUACCUCGCCCCAGCCACGUUUCUUCCUUGGCAGCUUAUCAAAAACCGAACUGUCGUGUUCACUAAUCUCAUGGCGCUGGCCUUGUAUGGUUCAGAGGGACUUGCUUCGGCGUACAUUUACUCGAUGCUCGUCGUGGCUUUCAACCAGUCAGUGACGAAUGCAACCUACAUCACCAACGUCGAGAUGGUCGGCUCUUCUGUCGCGAACGUUCUGCUCGGUGCUGCACUGAGAUACGUGAAUGGCCGUAUCAAAUACUAUGCCCUCUUUAUUGGAGUACCCCUUUUCAUACUCGGCGAAGGACUGAUGAUCAGCCUGCAUAUCCCGGAUCCAUCAGUCGGCCUCAUGAUCCUCUGUCAGAUCCUUCUCUCUGUGGGAAGCGGCAUCAUGUACCCGAUCGAACAGCUGUCGCUUAUGGCUGUGUCACACGCUCAUACUCCAGCUUUGCUUGCAGUUGAGACAACAAUCGUAGCAUGCGGCAAGGGGGCUGGCGGUGCUAUUGCGACGGCCAUAUGGACUGGAUUAUUCCGGAAGAAGUUGGCGGAGUACUUACCCACGUCGGAGCUGAUCAAUCUCGACGACAUCUAUGGCAGUUUAGAGGUCCAGUCGUCAUACACUAUUGGGACAUCUGAGAGAACGGCCAUCAACCGCGCAUAUGGAGAGACGCAACGUGUCAUUUUCAUAACAGCAACAUCUAUUCUGGCCGUGGCUCUGAUUUCGGUGCUAUUUUGGAGGGACAUCGAUGUUAAGAAAGCAAAGGGCUGCAGAAAAAGUGUUGGCAACUAG